AUUAUGAUUACACCAGUUAUAGCAAUGAAUAUUGAAUAACAAAGUAUAAAACAUUAGGCAACUACAGAUUACAACAACAUAGUUACAACAUAGUUACAACAAAGAAAACGCUGUGUGUAAUAUUUAAGUCAAACAGCAAGUUCAAAUUACGUCGACGGUGCGAUAACCUUUCAUAUCGCUAUUAUUCGAGUCUCCCGCCAAUUGAAAUCUUAGCCCAUGUUUCAUAUUUCACUUCAAUGAUCACUGACAGUUUUGCUCUUGCACAAGUCACUUCACUUGUCAACUAAUCAACCUAUACGAGGAUUGAUCUUAUUUCCAGAAAAUAUUAAUAUAAAUUAAAAUGUUUACUAUCGACGCACCGCCGGAAAUACAAAAUACAGAGUACUGUAAUUACCGAUCACCGUUGAGCACCAGAUAUGCGUCCAAAGAGAUGCAAUACAAUUUUAGUGACCAAAAGAAAUUCUCUACAUGGAGAAAAAUGUGGAUUUACUUAGCCAAAGCAGAGAAGGAACUGGGUCUCGAUAUAACAGACACACAAAUAUCUGAACUGGAAUCAGCUAUUCACGAUAUAGACUUCGCUUCCGCUGCAGAGCACGAGAAACUCGUCCGUCACGAUGUCAUGGCGCACGUCCACACGCUCGCCGAGCGAUGCCCUCGCGCUGCGCCCAUCAUACACCUCGGCGCCACUUCGUGCUACGUGGGCGAUAACACCGACUUGAUUGUUAUUAGAGAUGGCUUGGACAUGUUACUGCCACGAUUGGCUGCCGUUGUCAACCAAUUGUCCAAAUUUGCGUACGACAACAAGUCUCUACCGAUCCUAGGCUUUACUCACUUACAGCCAGCUCAGUUGACAACUGUAGGGAAGCGAGCUUCACUAUGGCUUAGUGACCUUCUAAUGGACGAGCGUGCUUUGUCGCGUGCGAGGAACGACCUCAGAUUCCGAGGAGUAAAAGGAACUACGGGAACCCAAGCUUCAUUCAUGCAACUGUUCAAAGGUGACGGUGAAAAAGUGAAAGCUUUAGAUAAAAGAGUUGCUGAACUUGCCGGAUUCGAUAAGCGGUAUAUUGUGACUGGUCAAACAUACUCCAGAAAAGUUGACUUGGAAGUUGUAGCAGCACUGUCUGGACUAGGAGCUACAGUACAUAAAAUGUGCUCUGAUAUUCGCAUCUUGGCUUCACGUAAAGAACUAGAAGAGCCAUUUGAGGCUUCUCAAAUUGGUUCAAGUGCUAUGCCGUAUAAGAGAAAUCCUAUGAGGUCAGAACGCUGCUGUGCACUUGCACGGCAUUUGAUAACACUUUACUCCAAUGCGGCGAACACUCAUGCAGUACAAUGGAUGGAGCGUACCUUGGACGAUUCAGCUAAUCGUCGUUUAACACUUGCGGAAGCCUUUUUAACCGCUGACGCAAUUUUGUUGACUUUACUUAACAUCUGUCAAGGGCUAGUGGUAUACCCUAAAGUGAUAGCUCGUCAUAUCGCUCAAGAACUUCCAUUUAUGGCUACCGAAAAUAUUAUAAUGGCGAUGGUGCAAAAAGGAGGUGACCGUCAGAUUUGUCAUGAAAAAAUAAGGGUUCUCUCUCAUGAGGCCGGCGCAGUCGUUAAACAAGAAGGAAAAGAUAACGACUUAAUUGAACGUGUUAAGAAUGAUACCUAUUUUGCUCCUAUAAUUGAAGAACUGGAUAAGAUAUUGGACGCAUCUACAUUUAUUGGCAGAGCACCAGAACAAGUGACGGAAUUUUUGGAAGAAGACGUGGUUCCUAUUCUACUGAAAUACAAUGACUCACUGGAAUUAUUGGAAAAGCCAGUGUCUUUGCUCAUUUAAAUUGAUUUAAUAUUUUAUCAUUUGACGAAACAUUUUGAAUAUUAUUAACCCUAUAUUAUUAAUGAAAUAUUGUAAUAAGAUUAUUAAUUGAAAUAAUACGACAUGAUAAAUGAAUAAAAUGAUAUAUUUACA